AUCGUGUGUUAAUGUCAAGUAAAGUCGGUGUUGUCUGUAAUUCCUACCAUUCACUGAAUUCGGUGAUGAAGUUAACACUGACGUUAGCUGCAACAAAGCUAAGUGUCGGCCCAGUUUGUCUUCUCAUGUCCUACUUUUAUAAUCUAAAUUUGCAAAGGUUUUGGUGGAGCUUUUCAGAAUGUCGGGUAGACAUGUAUCAGUCCAUGCGAAAUGGGUCAUCGGCAGAGUAAUCGGAACCAAGAUGCACAAAACUGCAAAAGUGCGAGUCACGAGGCUGGUGAUGGAUCCUUACCUGCUCAAGUAUUACAACAAGAGGAAGACCUACUUUGCCCAUGAUGCUUUACAACAGUGCACUGUGGGUGAUAUCGUCCUUCUCAAGGCUCUGCCUGAGGCCAGAUCCAAACAUGUGAAGCAUGAACUGUCUGAGAUAGUGUAUAAAGUUGGUCGGGUGGUUGACCCACUCACGGAAAAAAGAGUUGCAGGACCUGAGUUUUUGGAGCCUCUGACUGACCUUCCACUCGACCUGCAAGAGCAUACGUCAUUAUCAGAAAAACUGCAGGCACUCAACAUCUCUGCUGCGUCCACUAAAUCUGAUACUCCGUUACCUCAAACUCCCACUUCAUGAAUGAAAGCCACAUUCUUUGGUGCAGUACUGUUAGCUGAAAUGUCACUCUGCGCUUAUGUUUCUGUUUCACAUGUUAAUGUAAAUGUGUAAAUGAUAAUCAGUGCGUUAAUUCAUGUGGAGAGUCGAAAUACAUUUACACCCUGCCACCUGCUCAGGUGGUUUUAAAUUUAAGAAGAAAUUUAUAAUAAAAUGACUAGCUGAGAA